CUUGAACACUCUUCACGGACUCGCCCCUCAGCGACCAACUUUGAACAACAUGACAACGCUGUCUUUGUUGAAGCUCUCACACCAGUUAUUCGAGCCAAGGACUGGGCUCAGUUGACAAUGAGCUCACCAAACCAACUAGUUAACUAGUUAGGCAAUCCAUAACUUAUUUAACUAACGAUUUAAGUAACUUAUAAGUUUGCAGAAUGGGGAACUUUGUCUUCUCUCUCAGCUCCCCUGGUUUUAAAUCCAAGAGAGAGCACAAAAGUUAAGUUGUUGCCCAUCACCUACGAGUUUUCGGCUUCUGAGUUCUUGAAUUUAGUUGGAUAUUUCUUCCUGCAUUCUUGUGCGUUUUAAUCCGUUCCCGCAAGCAUCUGCACUGCACUGCCUACCAGCAGCGAAUUCGCUGAGCCUCGUGCUAGCGCUUGAGGAUUUCAUGUCUGCUCCUGGCCCUGAUGACUGCUCUUUUCCGUUUCUCUCUGCAUUGAGAUAGACAUUUUCAUAAGACUCUAUACUUCUCCUAGAAGAAUAUUGCAAGCGGCGCUCUUGAGAAAACACCCCGCUUCACCCGCUUCACCCGCUUCACCCUCUUACUCAACACGCCGUGACGCAGUUUGGCCACUUGAAGGCCGUCACGACCUCACAGGAGAAGCGCCGGUGCGACAAAGAAUGUCGCGACCCGAGCGCACUCCGGUAGUGGACUGCAUUUCUGCAGUCGUGACUACUUAUCUGAAUGCUACAAAUUUGGUCGAGCGCAUUAAGCGGACCAACAGCCGCCCUUUACCUGAAGAUGCCCUGGCAAGCCUGGAAAUCUCGCUUGCCCUUGGACCCCCCAUAGUACAGGGCCAAUAUGACUUGGACGUCAAGCGCAUUGGCCAAAAGUAUGUGUACGGGGACGAAAUUGCCCAGGAAGAUAUGAGAUUUAUUCUGUCGAGCCUACAGGCGACGCUCCUGGUCGGCCUACAGCGGGCAUUGAUGGACAAUCUCGAUCUAGACUAUAGCAGUUUGCAGGCGUCUUCGGACAGCAGUCGUGUCGACUCGAUAAUCUGCUUGAGUCAGCUGGGUCAACGCCUGGCCCCUAGCGUUCCAGGAUAUAAAGCGUCGAUCCUUUCACCCCCGGAUCCUGGAACUGUGGAAAUGCCUGCAUAUGGUGACUUGUCCGACCCGGAAUCUUCAUGUCUUUCGGUAGCCAAAAGCGUAUCCUCCGGAGAUACAAGGAGCCAGACUGAACUCUCCUUAUCACUGACCGUGGACUCAGAGAAUACGUCAGCCGCAGAUGGUGUCGUCAGCCCAACCACUACGGAAAGGGGAACCGGCAUUUUGGCUUGCCGACGUUCACUGCCCUACUUGCCAAAAGGGAGCAUCGAGCUACCAACCACUGAUAGCGAGCAGCUGCAAGGGAAUCGGAAUCGAUACAGCGGGGGCUCUGUUUCCAACAAUAGAAACAAUGGGACUCAAUACCCCAUCCCGACAAUAAGGGAAACUAGUGGUGAGCUUCUAUAUAGCCCGAGCUUAAGGGCUCCACAGCCACUGAGUUCCCGAGGUUUGCCUACCGACGCGAGGCCGCCAGGGUUCGAGCAGGAGCUUCAACAUUCACAAUACGGCUCUGAGCAAACCCAGCAGAGCAAAGACCCAAACAAUACUCCCGGAAUCAUACAGCAAACCCAACCCACGACGCUACCAUCCGCCGCGCUAUCGAAUAUCUGGGGGUUCAAACACCGUCAUUCAGCAUCAACACCAGAAGAUAUGACUCUCACGCUUUCCAUAUCAAGCUCGAGAGCCAACUUCUUGCCGACGUUGAGACGACGACCGCCGUCGAUGUCAGGGUCUUCCGGUACAAGCGCGUCCAUCUCGGAAAACGACACAGGGACCCUGUACCUACCUAGCGAAGAGAACAAAUACGCGGGGUUCUGUAAAGGUGCCUGGAAAAUGCAAACCGGUACAAGAAAGGCCAUGCGCGUCGCCCAACGGCCGGCAGGGAUGUUCUCGCAAGUCCUCUUCUGGCGCUGUAAGGAGUGUAACUUUGAAGGCCCCAUGAACCUCUCCUCCGAAAACCCCCCUUCCACAAGCAUGCACACACCCAGUUUCUCGCGCACAACACCCCUGGACCAACCAUCCCGCUCAUUUGACCAGCGCGUCCAAGUGCACCAGGGAACAGGUAUCCGCUACCGCUGGGCAUUCCUUGCUAAAUCUCACGCGUACUGCAAGAAAGUGCCACCGACCACUGACGGGUCAACAUGUAGCUAUGGAUGCAUCUACUGCUGUUCCGAGCAGCGGGGACCGGCGCCUAUAUUUGGGAAUGUGGAUACGUUCAUGGAACACUUGCGCACCCACGACGGAGCAAAUAUUCGGGGACAUAAGACAAGGCCGGAACAGGAGUUGCUGAAUCGGACAAAAUGCCUGAUGGGGAGGCUGGCGCAUGACCAGGAGGAGUUUGAUAUUAACAUUCCCCCUGUUUUGGCAGAGGUUCAGGGUUGAUUUUUUGGGGAAUACCGGUUAUCGCAGUCUGACGAUGGUUAUCUGCUUGGGGUGAAUCCUCUCGGUUGGAGCAUCUGGCCUCUCUUUGACAGGCCAUGUUUAUAAGUGCCCUAACUUCUCCUUUUUCUUUCUCUGCUUUUCAUUAUAUUUUUAUAUUUUCCAUCAUCCACUGCACACUUAAACACUCCAUGUAGCACAUCGUAUUUCUUGUUCUGCUUGUGAGGAAUUUGGUGAUUUAUGUUUUUUAAUUCAUGUUACCAUAGAUGAUUAUUUUUUGUCGUUAUUUCAUGUAUUGUACAGCUUUCUCGAAAUCGAGCCUACGAAUGAAUUUUUUUCCCCUCUCCCCUUUCUCCACUCAGCAUGAUAUGUCGUGUCAAUUGGCAAAAAUAAUUAAAUUCUGCCCCUGA